AACUGGGAAGCAAGUGUGUUGUCAACAGCUGCUGGAUCCUCAUGGACACUUGUCUUUCUCAUGUUCUUUGCUUUCUUGUUUUUUCUUCUCUCUUUUAUUGGCCACUGUGAUUUUCUUUCUUGGUUUUAUAAACGACAAUUAUCCAUCCAAUUCCCAUAUAUAUAUUCUCACAUCACAUCACAACAGUCAUUAGUAGCUAACCAUGACUGGCAGAGAAAUCCUACACAAGAUGAAGGAAAAAGUUGGAUUAAGUUCAUCUGCAGAUUCUGGAAAGGGCAAGAGUAAGAUGUCCAGGAACAUAACACACGGCUUUCACUUGGUAAAGGCGAAAUCACAUCAUGACAUGGAAGAUUAUGUUGUUGCUCAAUUUAAGGAAGUCGAUGACAAUGAGCUUGGUUUAUUUGCUAUAUUUGAUGGUCAUCUGAGCCAUUUUAUCCCUGAUUAUUUGCGGUCUCAUUUGUUUGACACUAUCUUAAAGGAGCCAAACUUCUGGACAGAGCCAGAGAAUGCUAUGAGGAGAGCAUAUCGUAUAACCGAUACUAAAAUUUUGGAGAAAGCAGGUGAUUUGGGUAGAGGAGGUUCAACGGCUGUCACAGCAAUACUGAUUAAUUGUCAGAAGCUGGUAGUAGCAAAUGUUGGUGAUUCUCGAGUUGUUAUGUGCAAGAAUGGUGUGGCCAAACAACUAUCAGUUGAUCACGAGCCAAGUACUGAAAGGGAGGAUAUUGAGAACAGAGGUGGCUUUGUAUCAACCUUUCCAGGGGAUGUCCCACGUGUUGAUGGACAGUUGGCAGUGGCAAGGGCAUUUGGUGACAAGAACUUGAAGGAACAUCUGAGUUCAGAACCAGAUGUUGCAAUGGAGAUGAUCGAUGAUGAUACAGAUUGUAUUAUCUUGGCGAGCGAUGGGUUGUGGAAGGUGAUGUCCAACCAAGAAGCUGUGGAUACUAUCAAGAACAUAAAGGAUGCUCGGUCCGCAGCAAAACGGCUUACUGAAGAAGCACUUAAUAGGAGGAGUUCAGAUGACAUUUCCUGCGUAGUUGUAAAAUUUCAGUGACCCUAUCCUUGUGAGAGGGGUAUAAUUACCCCUGGUGCAUUAAUGAACUUGAUGCACGCUUUCUGCCCACUUCAGUUGCUGGUUGUCAUAUUUUCUUUUGCAAGAAGAAUGAAGCAGACCUUCUUGGUGGCCCUGUGCCUGUAACAAUGAUUUCCUGCGAAAGGAUGGGUUGACCCAAUUAACUAGUGUAUCCAGUGGUACCUUGCUACCAAUAUAAAACAUAAUAACAAUCCAUUCCAAUA